AUGUCGCGCCUCUGUGGAUUUGGAUAUGGAUUUCUGCUAGCCAUGCUGCAGUUGCUCCAAACGGCAUCGUCCAUGAAAGUUUCACUAUUCGGCGAUGGUUACGUGUCGAUGCCGCUGCAGGAGGCCAAAAUGUCAACGAACAUACGCGUCAAGUUUCGCACCAAGCAGGAGGAUGCAUUCCUCUUUUUGGCCGCCGGUCGUACCGAUUAUUGCCUGCUGCGUCUUGAGAAUGGCCUCAUCAGUUUUAGCUAUAAAAUUGAACGGGAUGUGGUCCAGCUGCGUUCGCCGAAGAAGCAAAAGCUUAACGACUUGGAGUGGCACGAUGUGGCCGUGCAACGUUUCGAGAAUAAUGUUACCCUGCAGGUGGAUGGUCACAUUAUGCGCAAACAGCUGCCAAACGAUUUGGCCGCACUCAACGUACAUUUUGGCACCUUCCUUGGCGGCGUUGGCGAUUUUACGGCCGAGUUUCUCAAUGAUGUCAUUGGCUUUCGUGGUUGCAUCUCCGAUGUAUUUUAUAACAACAUCAACAUUAUAAAGCGUGCCAAAGAUCGCACGGGACACACGACGAGCACGGGAGUCUCUUGGACUUGCAGCAAUGAAUUUGAUGGCGGAGUUCAGGAUAGCAUCAGUUUCUUGAGCAAUGAUUCCUUUGCUCUGAUGCUCAAGGAGUCGCAUGCCGAGGGAGAAACACUCUCAUUUCAAUUUCGAACGAUGACGGAGUCGGGAACGGUGUUCUUCAAUGGCGGCUAUGAUUUUAUGCUGCUGGAAAUUGAGGAUCAGAAACUAAAGCUGACAUUCAACAAGGCCGGCAGCCUGGUGCAGUUCAUGACAAAUGAGACCAUUUCGGAUGGCAAAUGGCAUCGUGUGUUGUUGAGAUAUAAUGCUGUCAUGGCUGAGCUGGUGCUGGACGAUGGACAGUUGACUUAUCGUGGAGAUCAUGCUAAUGACACCAAGACGAGCAUAAAUCUCGAGAAGAGCGUCUUCUUUGGCGGCGUGCAGGAGGAGAUGCGUCGUCGUCUAAUCAACAAAGGACUGCGCAUCAAUGAGAUCAGUUUCAAGGGAUGCAUGAGGAACAUCCAUGUGAAUAACUUGGCAUUGGGUUUCGGGGAGAUGACAAUCUCAAGGCAAUUGGCAUUGAACUGUGUGUGGAAGUAUCCAUGUGUGGAGCACAGUCCUUGUUUGAAGAGCGGCAUUUGCAGUCAACAUGGCGUGGAUGAGUUUAUAUGUUAUUGUGAUCAAUCCUACUGCAUUAAGGCGGACUUUCAGGGGCCUUUCAAGAUCUUUACGGAAACGAGUCCCGAGCUGGAACUGCUUUAUGUUUCACCCAUACAGCUGCUGGAAGGCGGCACGGUCUUUCUCACAACUCAUAUUAUAAACGUACUCCUCGACAUGCGUCGUUAUCCCAGCCUCAGUGAGCAAUCCAUUUCAUUUCAUGUGGUGCAGCAGCCUAAAUAUGGACAGCUCCUUCAAUAUUCGCAAGAGGGGUCAAACUUUGUGCCCUGUCGUACCUUUAAGCACGUGGAUCUGGCGACGGAUAGGAUAAAGUAUGUGCACAAUGGAUUGGAGAACUUUAAUGAUCACGCCACGCUGGAUAUGCAGAUUCAUGGCGAUGUCCAUAAGAUACCCGGGAAUAUUCUCGGAAAGCAUCGGUUUCUAAUCCAUGCGAAUAUAACAGCAGUGAAUGAUCCUCCCCAGCUGCAGUUGCAUUCUCACAAGAUUCUGCGUGUUAUUGAGGGCAUCGAGCGUAUACUUGAUGUGGACCUGUUCAACAUUGUAGAUCCCGAUAGCGAUCCCAGUGAUCUGAUCUACACAAUUAUGCCUUCAACGGUUUCCCAAGAGGCUUUUGGUCGUUUCAUGGUGGGUGGCAUUAACACGAUGACCUUUUCCCAGGCGAAUGUCAAUCUGGGUCAGGUCUCCUAUUUGUACAAUUCCACGACAACUGAAUCUUUUAGUUAUCAACUGCUGCUUCAUGUCUCCGAUGGCAUAGAGACCAGUGAUACAGUCUAUUUACCCGUCUCAGUGCAUCCUUUAGAGCUGCGAGUUGUUAACAACACAGGACUCAUCAUGAUCCACAAGAAUUCUGUUCUUUUAACACCCGCCAAUCUCUCCAUUGGCACGAAUGCCGUCGAUGAACAUAUUGAUAUACGCUACGAUAUUGUAAAGCCUCCCCAACAUGGUGUGCUCCAGCGUCUCCGACAGAUUGACGGCACCUGGGUGAACGUGGAAUGGUUCACCGAUAGCCAGUUGCUGCUGGGACAAAUUCGAUAUCUGCACAACAGCGAUUUCCCUUGGCAAGAUGAAUUCAAGUUUAUUGCCUCGUUUGGCUUUGUGACGACACAAACCUUUGACUUUCGGAUAACAUUUACUCGACUGAAGAUCGCCUGCAAUUCACCUCCGAUCAUAGCGAUCAAUGGAACUCGGGAGUUUCUGUUGACCAACAAACUGUUGAGCUAUGAGACGGUACCAAUUGGCAGCUUUCCCCGAAAUAUCAUCUAUAAGAUCAGUAAGCCGACGAAAUAUGGCGGCAUCUAUGUGGAGGGAUCACGUAAGGCGGCCAAGCAGAUGGACUCCUUUACGCAGCAGGACAUUGACAAGCGUCGCAUUCAUUACAAGACUCAUCACAGUUGUUACUCGAGUUUUACGGAUCAUCUGGAAUUCGUAGUGUCCGUGGCGGAGUGCGAUGAUGUGGUGGGCAAACUGCAGAUCAUCUUUAAUCCGCUGGAGGAGCUUAUACAUAAGCUGCACUUUCAGAAGUUCGAUGUCAUGCAGGUGCAGGAAGGUGAAAGGGCAUUGAUCACUAAAAACCACUUCCAGAUACGAUUCAACAUCUAUGAGAGUCUACAGUUCCAAGUGUCGGUGCCGCCAUCUCAUGGAUUGGUCUGUAAAUAUGAUGAACACACGGGAUUGACAACUCCUGUGGAAUUGUUUACACUGGAGCAACUUUUCCGCAACGAUAUCUAUUAUUGUCACGAUGAUACGGAGUCCACGUUGGAUGGGUUCGAGCUGUUGAUACUCUCUAGCGAUGAGACAGAUCUCCAGUUUGUGGCUAAUAUGGAGGUGCACAUCAAGCUGGUCAAUGAUAAUGAACCCUAUCGCAGUGCUGUGGAACGUGUCUUCCAUGUAGUCCGCAAUGGCAUUCGCACCCUUAAUCCAACUGUGCUGCAAUAUCUCGAUGCGGAUGUGAACACAAAUCACACGGAUAUCCAUUUCACCCAUGUGUCGAGUACAAAUGGCGCCUUCUACAAGUCGGGACACUUUAUAGACACUUUCAGUCAGGAUGACAUUGCCAAUCGCAGGAUAAUGUUCCAGCACAGCGGACCAGAUGUGGGCACCGCCUCUUUCAUAGUCACUGAUCGUGAACAUGAGGUGAAUGGUCAGCUGGAGAUUCGUGCCUCCGAUCCCUUUGUCUCCAUGUUGCCAGCGAAUGCUUCUAUUGUGCAAGAGGGCAAGUUUGUUAUCCUUAAGAAUAAGGACUUUGUGCUGGAAACCAAUUUGGAUAUGAAACUAGAUGAGAUCUACUACGAGGUGAUUAAGCCGCCUUCCUAUGGCAUUCUCAUGUACCUCAGUGGACAACCAGGAGCGGCAGAGAGGGAGAAUGGGACAAUAAUGCAUAAGGCGACCAAUUUUACAUCCUUGGGCAACUUUACCCACAUGGAUAUAGAGCGAGAACGUCUGGUCUAUUGGAAUACAGAGAUAGCAUCGAUGGAUAAAGUGAGAUAUCGCGUGCAUAUUAAGAAUAUUACAGCCGAAGGCGAGGUCAUAUUUCGGAUAUAUCCCUCGGCCUAUUGGGAACCCCUGCAGGUGAAACAGAAUCACACACUCUACGUGGAGGAAUCAACGAGUGUGUUGAUCUCAAGGGAUAUUUUAGAGGUCGUUCAUCCAAACAUCUCACCAGGUGAUAUAACCUUCUUGGUUACAUCUUCACCGAUGCAUGGUUAUCUUGAAAUGCAGUCCAUGUCUUUUGACGAUGAAUACAACUGCAAGGUCUUUGAUCAAUCCUCCGUCAACACGGAAAAGAUGUUCUAUAUCCAAGCAGGAGUUAAUCAAUCCUCGGAUUACUUUGUAUUCGAUGUGACCAAUGGCAUUACGUGGUUGCGUCAACUGAUGCUGAAGAUUAUCAUUAUUCCAGAGAAGCUUUACAUGCACACGAAUAUCAUCUCGGUUGUGGAGGGAAAAAUGGUGCAAUUGAGCGCUACAGAUAUUCAACCCUAUUCGGAGUACUAUCGGGGCAAGAUAUUGGAGUAUAUAGUCACUAUAACACCUAAUUCGGGGCAUAUACUUGCGGGCAGUUCAAAGGUCAAGCGAUUUACGCAAAAGCAACUGGAACAGGGAAGCAUUCAAUAUGUGCACAAUGGCAGUGAGAAUGCAACGGAUACUCUAACAAUGAUCGCCAUGGCCAGGAACAAGGAGAGCGUGCCCUUUGAACUGGAGUUUGCUGUAGUUCCUGUCAAUGAUGAGGAGCCCAUGAUGGUGACCAAUACAGGUCUUCAGGUUUGGAAUGGUGGGCGUUAUGUCAUCAGGAAUACAGAUCUACUUGUCCAGGAUUAUGAUACUCCCCCAGAGAAUUUAACAUACAUUGUGAAUUACGUUUAUGGAGGUUACUUGGCCGAAAAGUCUGCAACCCUGCACAAGAUCGAGCACUUCACCCAAUCCCAAAUCAAUUCCGAGAAGAUCUACUUUAUACACAACGCCAACUCAAGAAAAAACGAACUCUCCUUCCUGGUCACCGAUGGACUCUUUAAUACCAGCACUCAAUUGCUUAAUAUUGAGAUCAAACCCAUUGAAAUCCUAGUCGAGCACAAUGAGAAUUUGCAUGUCUUUCUCACUAAGAAGCAAAUUCUACGCGAUCAUUUGCACUUCAAGUGCUCGGAUGAGGAACGUGAGAUACGCUAUAAUAUUACAGUGCCUCCCAAUUUGGGGCGCAUUGUCAACGAGUAUUUGGGCAAUGGAUAUGCCAAGGAAAUCAGCGAAUUUACCCAGAACGAUGUGGACAACGGACACAUCUUCUAUGAGCACACGGCAGUCAUUAUGGAAUUCCGCAUCAAUGAUUCCUUCUUCUUUGACGUGGUGGCCGAGCGCAGUGAUCGCCUUUUGGAUCAGAAGUUUAAUAUAGAAAUCUCAGUAUCUUCUGGAGGAUUACUACGAUUUUUGCCUGUUUCAAAGUUAAAUGUGGAUGAAGGAGGUUCUGUGCCAAUUAAGCUGGAUUUCUCCAAAAUUUUGGAGUACUUAAAAACGCGAGCUGGCAUUAACAAUCCGGAAUUGUUUAUCGAAGCGGCACAGAAGCCCACACAUGGCAGCAUUGGGCUGGGACAUGAGUUUAAGCCCAUGCAACGUUAUCAUCCAAGUGAUUUCUUUACCAAAAAAGUAUAUUACAUACACGAUCAUACGGAUACCUUAGAGGAUACUAUACUUAUGGGAGUGUACUUGACACAGGGCAAUAUUUUUCUGUGUAAUCUAACCAUUCCGGUUUCCAUCAAUCCCAUCAAUGAUCAACCCUUUCAACUGAUUACCCAUCUUCCCCAAAUGGUUGUGGUUGAAGGAGAGAAUCGCACCAUAACGCGAGAUGCUUUACUCACAGAGGAUAAGGACACGCCUCCAGAGGAAAUAAUAUAUGAUGUGAUGAGCGGCCCUACGUUGGGAGUACUCAAAAAGCUGAAUAACAAUGGGCAGCCCGAGGACCUGUUGGUCUUCUCCAAUCAGUUUACACAGGCGGAUGUCAACAAUGAUCGCAUUAUUUAUGUGCACUUUGGACAACCGCAGUCGACCACCUUUUGUUUUACAGUCACGGAUGGUCAGUUUAAUCCGGCUUAUGAGAUCUUUACAAUUAAAGUGGCUCCGAUAAGUCUGCUGCCAGCUGUUUCACAGACUCCAGUGAGUCUGCAGCAGGGCUCGGACAAGGCAUACAUGAAUUUGGAGCAUAUUGGGCUGAGCACCAAUGUGAAAGUGGAUCGACUGGCUUAUAACAUCUCCAAUUCCCCGCUUUAUGGCAUCUUAUUGUACAAGAAUCAGCCAACAUUGAGAUUCAGUCAGCAGCUGCUGGAAACAUCACAGAUUACGUACAUGCUAACGGAUUCUCUGCGAUCCAAUGACACGUUUCAGAUCAGUGCCUAUGUGCCAGGAACUAACUAUGCUGCCCAGGUGGAUGUUGUGGUGAUGGUGGAGCCGGUCAUAAAGAUCAAUGACAUUGAUAUGCGUGAGGCAGAGUCCAGUUCCAGUGCGGCUGGUGGCAAGAUCAGAUUGAGCAGCUCCCUGGUCAAUGACAAUCCACUCUCGCUCAAGCUCAACAAGUUCAAUCCCAAAUUUGUCAUCACUCGCAUGCCAGCCACGGGUCAGCUGAGGAAGAUCAUACGGAGCAGCAGCAAUGGAGCAACAUUACUUACUGGAACCGAUGCGCAGAACGAACGCUCCACCAACAUCUUCUCGUACAAGGAACUUCGCAGUGGUGUCGUCUACUUUGUGCCACAUGCUUCCGUGGAUGAAACGGAGGCGGAAAGCGACAGUUUUGAUUAUCAGCUCAUUAUCAAAACAGUGCAGCCGGCACAGGCCACAGUUUCCAUUGAGUAUCGCGCCCAGGCUCUCGAAACGGAGACUGUGCAUUUGGGAAAUGCGGAUAUAUCCAUUAACUAUCUGGCUGUGGGUUGUGCUCUCUUUAUCCUACUCAUUUGUCUGCUCAUUGUGUUGCUGCUGCUGAAGAUGAGGAGUAUGCGGAAGCGCAAGGCAGAUAUAUCCAAGGAUCAACCGCCAGCGUUGCCCUGUCCACCGGAUUUGACUUCAGUCAGUCCACAGCAUCAUCACCAUCAUCUUCACUAUGCCAGCUCCGAGGCGGACUCUGUGCCGGCAACAGGAAACUCCACUCCGCUGCCGGGAUUCAGUAAUAUCCCUCACUGCAAAAUAAUACCCGUGGAAUCGUUUAAGCACGAAUAUCCCGAUUACGAUCCGGAUGAGGAUGAAACGGACGAUCAAUGCGAUCCACAGCAAAUGAUGCUGCCCCAACGCUAUAAUCCCUACCAUGUGGAUCACGACGCCUGGAGUUCAUCCUGCGACAUGGCCAACGAUUUUGCUGGCUAUGCUUCCGUUCCCCAAAGCAUCUCCAUAUCCGGUUCCGUCAGUUCGCCGCCUUCAGCGCCGCCCACAAAUCCGUUGCUGCGCCGAAAUCAGUAUUGGGUCUGAAAAAAGAAUGAGAUUGCGGCAAAUUAGUCUUAGCUUAUUUAUUUACGUUUAGACUUAUGUAAGUUUAAGGCUGAUUUAUGAGAUUCGCACGAUUUAGUUGUAAGCAAAUGGACUUUGUUAGUUUUUAUUAAGCAUUUUAUAACAUAUCGAAAAGCUAUUUAAUUUAGUUGCUUUUACAAAUUUUGCCAUAUAUAGAUAUAUUUAUAUGUAGGAGUUUCACUCGUUAGCUAUAACAUUUGCCAACUUUCAAUAUAAGUCUUAAGCUUUUAUGUUAGAAAACAAUUUGAAUUGCGAAUUAUACAUUUAAAAUAAAUGACAAUAUUUUUAAGCU